GACCGGCUGGUUACGCAGCGGCCGUGGGUCUCCACCCGAGAGUAUGGCGGCUAGGAUUGCACCGGAGAGCGGGGGAGAGACGGAGACAUGCCAGCGAUGGUGAAAAAGAAACAAAGAGACGCAAGUUCUUUAAUCAAGUGUCGAAAUAGUUUUAGUUUGUGCAGAUUUUCCGCGGCGGCUUCCUGCUUCAAAAUCUGCGCCUGCAGUUCAUUCUAGGGGCUGAACCCAGCGUUUUUCCAGUGUCCUCGAUGGAGCAAGUUUGUUUUUUUCUGAUGCACAGACAGGGGUGAGCUAAGCAGAUGAAAACCCGCACGGUCCACAUCAUCGGCCGAUAUUUUCUUCCUCCCCUGUGCACAAUUUGGACAGUUGCAGUCCUCGGAUGCUCGUAUAGCUGUCAGUGUCUGGCCUGCAUGGGGGAAUUUCUACAAUGAAAUCCAUCUUGGGGCACCGAGUCUUUGUGCUCUGCCAUAGCUGAGCAGCGGCGAGCAAGACUAUAUUAUUGACAACCCGUUCAAAAUGGGACACGAAUGGUGAAUGUGAUUCGUGCGGGAACAUUUUGAGUUCAUUUCAAUGACGCGCGGAGAUUGAUACCUUACGACUUGAUUUAAUCCACGAUGCGCGAGUAUAAAGUGGUGGUCCUGGGCAGCGGUGGGGUCGGGAAAUCCGCCCUCACUGUGCAGUUUGUCACCGGGACGUUCAUUGAGAAGUACGACCCGACCAUAGAGGAUUUUUACCGCAAGGAGAUCGAGGUGGACUCCUCACCCUCGGUACUGGAAAUCCUUGACACCGCUGGUACCGAGCAGUUCGCCUCCAUGCGGGACCUUUACAUCAAAAACGGUCAAGGAUUCAUACUGGUCUACAGCCUUGUCAACCAGCAAAGCUUCCAGGACAUAAAGCCGAUGAGGGAUCAGAUCAUAAGAGUGAAAAGGUACGAGAAGGUUCCUGUGAUCCUGGUGGGGAACAAGGUGGACCUGGAGAGCGAGCGGGAGGUAUCGUCCAGUGAAGGCCAGGCCCUGGCCGAGGAGUGGGGCUGCCCGUUCAUGGAGACAUCAGCCAAGAGCAAAACCAUGGUAGACGAACUGUUCGCUGAGAUCGUUCGGCAGAUGGACUACGCCGCCCAGCCAGACAAGGAUGACCCCUGCUGCUCUUCUUGCAAUAUACAAUAGCCCCGGGGGCCUCCAGGAACAGGCCAGGCAAAAAAAAAAAAAAAA